CUUCGUAAGGUGCGGAGAGGGCCUAAACUAGUCGUGGGCGCCAAGUAAUUAGUAAUUGAUUCUGUAAUUUGAAAGAGAGAGAGAGAAAGAGAAAAGGCCACUUGUGAUGAAAGAUAAAGAAUGACGUUACCGAUCUAACAAGAAGAGGACGCGUUCGCGCGUCGACCCGGUUUACGCGAACGGGUUAUGAACGCGCACGGGGGAUGCGCAAAGUGCGUCUCGUGUGCGCGAAUGGACACGGCCAGUCAAACACGCUCAGGUGCGUCAAACUCUGCGUUGCGCCUAUCGAGAAAGAGAGAGAGAGAGAAUCGCGCGUGUCGCGAAGAGUCAGUGAGCAAGGUGAGCAAGUGAGAAGGACGAGAAGAGGGAGAGAGAGCGAGAGAUAGAGAAGUUGAAAAACUUGCUCCGUACGUUUCAUCACGCUUUCAUCAGGCCGGAGACCGCGCGAGCCGUCAGCAGUGACGAAACGUCGGUAGCAGGACGGUCGAGAGGACGAUCGGUUCGAUAGCUCGAUAGCGAGCAAUAGCGAGCUCGGGCUCGGGACGCCGCGCCGUUGCGCACCAUCGCUGGACGUUUUACAAAAGUUACGCGAUCCCUGGCAGAGGAAGAGAAAGAAAUUGCAACGUAACUGAAUAAGGGUAAAGGUUUUGGCGGAAGAGAGAUAGACUGAGCAAGGAAAGACAAAGAAGAAAAAACGGAGAAGAGUGAAGAGAGGCGAGGAGAGUGGAAGACAGAAGCAGAGAAGUAAAGGCAGUAAAGGCGAGAGGAGGUUUAAGCCAAAGCCUCGAACAUAAAGCUUGUCGACGGCACGCUAUACGGAGAAUUCCGCGGCGUGGGAUGUUCUUGGCGGAUCAUCGUCGCGCGGGCAACCCAACCUAAAAAAAAGGACCGCCGAGAAGCGCCUUCGAGGUUAUGUACUGUUGAGAGGGGGUCACCACGACGUUCUCGCGCGAGACUGAACGGCCGAGGUCGAACAGCGAGAGAAAGAGAGGGAUUACAUCGUAAGUCUGUGAACACUAUGGCUUUCGGAUCCUACCUGAGGAUGCCGUAUCGAUAACGCCGUAUCGGGGAUCGGUAUCGAUCCAGGGACAAGGGUCUCGUGUUUGCGCGACGAGAGAAUGCGUCCUCGUGCGACAAUCCACAGCGGAGUGUCAAGGCUUCGUGCGAUUAUUGCCUCUAAUGUGAUCGAGCGUGUGCGAUGAGAGAGAGAGAAAGAAAGAAAGAAAGAAAAAUCGUUAAAAGAUGCCCGUAACAAACUGUAAAGUUAGUCUAUAAAAAAUACAAUUAUUUUGCAGUUACUGUACGAUCUCUCAUGUAAUCAUUGCCGCGUCUCUGAUGUAGGAGAGACAUACCUAGGCACUUAAAGUUUCGACAACGAAUUCGCUAUUUUUGUAAUUGAAUUAUUUUUAAGUGAUGAACAGAGUGAUGUAUGGAAAUGGUGUUGUACUGAUUUACAAUUCAAUUUGUGUGAACGCGUACGAUUUUAUUCUUUUCGCGAUUUGAUAAACAAGCUUUUCUCAAAAGAUGUGAAUAAAUUAUGUGUUACAUAGGUUGAUUUGCAUUCACCAUAAUACCAAUAUUAUUUAAAGUUUGGAUAAAUGUUUACGACAGAAGUUCAUGUGAAUGGAUGAUGCUUGGAGGCAAUGAACGGCAUGGAGAGGCAUGGUCAUGGACAUGGACAUUCACAUGCGCACUCGCAUCGUCAUCGCCAUUCCCAUGGCAGUUCUCAAAGUACUUCGCAGAACUCGAAUCAGCCGUCAUCGAAACAUAGCCACGGACACGUGACACAUUCGCAAAAGGAUGCAGCCGCGCCACCGGCGACCCCGAAGACCCAGAGAAAUUUUAAGUUGCUGGUUGAUCCAUUUUUAGUUAAGGGAGCUACAAGACUAUGCAGAUACGAUGGAACUGUCCCGGGAGACCCGACGUAUCCACAAGUUCAGCCUCGAGAUCCCAGAUCGCAAUUAACAAGGAUCUGGACUCGACUCGAACAGCUCGAUCUACCUGUACCUAGAUUUAAAAUCGACGCCAAUUACUGUGGAGAGCCACCGCCACUGGAAGUAACAUUUUGCCAUUUAAACGACAAUAUCGAUAAGAUAUUUUUGACAAACAUGGUUCAGAAAUUUGGGUCUAUAGAAGAGCUUACUAUUUAUUAUCACCCACUAACCAAUAAGCAUCUUGGCAUAGCAAGAGUGGUGUUUGAAUCGACCAAGGCAUCCAAGGUGUGUGUAGAAAAGUUGAAUAAUACAUCUGUGAUGGGGAAAGUAUUAAGGGUGUUUUUAGAUCCCUUUGGGGAAGAAUGCAAGAAGAUGUUUGAGGAAUUAACUAUUGAGAAGAAACCAGAGAAGAAGGUGGAAAAAGAGGUUCCAAAGCCACCACCACCGGAGGUUGAACAAGAGAAACAUCAGACACCAGUAGAAAAGGCUGUGCCUGAAGAAAGGGAUGACUUUAGAAAUAAUAAAAAAACUAUUCUAAGUAUGGACAAGAAUAGAGAACCAUACGUAGAAAAUUCAAGAUAUAACAAAUACAGAGACUAUCCUACGCCGAGCGGCAGCACAGGUAGUGAUUUGGGUUAUGGAACGGCGCCCAGUGAAUUGAAUUAUUCUAGUAAUUACUCUCAAAAUUCUACCCCGGCAACAAAUUAUGAUUUCUAUUAUAGCAGUUAUCAUCAUCAACCUCCAAGUAGUUACUUAGCUAAUAUCCCACAAAAUGUGUCACAGAGUAUACCGAUUCAACAGAACUCGAAUGUAUGGUGGGGCAAUAAUUCUGGCUCGACGGGAUAUUCAACUUCGACCUCUGUUUGGCCAAUUCAACAACAUGCGACAAAUUUAGACAGUGCUGGUUCUAAUAUGACACCAAUUAAUAAUAAAACUUCCAGUGCAAAGGUGCAUCAUACUCCUAAAAAGGAAAAAGAGAAUCAGACUACUACGGCAAAGAGUACGCCACGCGAUUCUCCCGAUGAAACUCGCAAAACAUUAGAUUUAGAUACGAGAAUUGCUAUGUUAUUAAAGGAUAAAGCAGGUGGAAUGGCACCUCCUUUUCUACAAUUUGGCAGUGACUCGGAAGACGAUAAAAAAUCUCAACCUGACAAUGAGAUGCUGUCAGAGCCUCCCAGUCCCUUCCUCUCGCGCGAAAUAUACAAACAAUGUUUCGACAAGAUAGUAGAGAGGAAUAAGGAACGCAGGAAAAUUCAUGAGAAUAGCAUUAGUCAUUUCUCUGUGGACGAGGAUUUGGGUAGUGUCAUAAGUUCCAGUGAAGAUGAGGCAUUGUUGGGAAGUUACAGUCCUGCACCUGAUGACAAUGAACCAGAGCCACCUAAGGACCCACCACCGCCUCCGCCACCUGACGACGACAGAAUGUCUCUGAGCCCUUUGAGUUCAGGGGAUGAAAAAAUUGAGGAAGUAAUAGCGCAAACUGAACCUUCGAAUCAACUAUAUCCGGCAGCUGGUUAUCCUGGACAUUUGACUCAUUACCCCUCUAAUGAUGUGUAUAAUUGGCCACGACCGACACAGUAUCCUUAUCCUUAUGGAACAACUUAUUUACAGAGCCAUUAUCAACCUACCACGGCAACUUUUUCAGCAACAAUUGGAAAUCAUCAAGGAGCAAACUAUUAUUCUUCUUUCCAAUCUCGGUUACAUGCUAUGGCAAAUUAUAACAUCACGAAAGAUCCACAGGGACCUGCCAUUAAUGGAGUAUUGAACAAAGUUGUAAAUGAACUAAAACAAAUUCUAAAAAAAGAUUUUAAUAAGAAAAUGAUAGAAAACACAGCAUUUAAAUUAUUCGAGGUUUGGUGGGACGAAAAGAAAUCCGAGAAGAAUCAAACUCAGGGUAGUGGCGACAAUAUCAUUGCCAAUAACACGACAAAAGAGGAUGUGAAACCACAAGGAUUGUCUUCAUUAUUGGAGCAAGCGACGCCGUUAGGACUCAAUUACGAUGGUUUCGGUUUGGGUAUUCGAGCUAGUAUGCCAAAGAUGCCUUCAUUUAGGCGCAAGAUCAAAGCUCCAAGCCCAUUACCGCAGGAUGAGGAUAGUCGGCAGUCGGGUCACGCUGAUAUGGAAACAAUUGAAAGUGACAGUGAUUUGGAUGUACCACCUGUACAAAAAACGAAAAAACCUCUGACUUCUCUUCCGACUGUCUCAUCCUCGUCUACCACGUCUUCAUCAAUCGAAAGUAGUAGCGAGGAGGUUAGUUCCAGUGAAUCUUCCGAUAGUUCAAAUGAAAGUUCCGAUGAAGAAGCUUGUUUCGAAGAUGAGCAAGAUACAGAUAGCCGAAUGUCCGAUCACAGACCUUUGGCUAGUAAUAGCGAGGAUCCUGAUAUAUUGAUGGAACUCGCGAUCCAAAGGUCUCUAGACUGUCCCACGCCAACCGGCAGAGAAACGCCAGUGCCGGAUAUCAAAAUUAAAGAUCAAAAUUCGAUCGAGUUUCCACAGAUUGAUGAUGAUAAUAAUCUGGAUAGUUUAUUAGUUUCUCCUGUAGGGUACGAAAGCGUCAAAGAAGAGGAAAGAAUUGCCGAGAAGAUGCCUGUAGCGGAAGAAAAACCGUUUGAUGUGUAUAAAACCUUGGACAAGGAAAUAAAGAAUGUGUCGAGAAUCACCGAAGACAAGGGAACGCAGAGUGAUAUAAAACCUGCACCAAUGAUGAUAACAUCAGCAAUAAAAGAGGAAACAUUACCAGAUAUGGAGAAUUCGGCCGCAGAAGCUUUGAUGACUUUAGCUGGGCAGGAUAACAUUAUACGACAUAGGAGUCCUGGUCCUGUACAGCCUAAUAUUAUCAGAGCGCUGCAGACAAUGUCAGCAAAAUAUAUCAAUGAUGAACCUAUUUUGAAGGAUAAGAUUGAAAUGUUUAGCGAGAUUCCUACGACUGACUCGGAGGAAGAAAGCUUAGAAAUCAGAAGGCUAAGGUAUCAAGCAGAGACAGAACUUCGAUUAAAUGGACAGCGAACACCGAGUUCACCCGGUUCUCAAGCUUCGCAAGUAUACAUGGAACAUUCAUAUUCGUUACCACCCGCACAACCGGAGCCUAUCGAACCGGUGAUACGUGUACCGCCAGCCUCAGUGAAAGUAAAACAUUCGAAGAUUGUCAAAUUAACAAAAUCAAAAGACAAUACUCAUAAAAUCGAGAAACAGAAAUCCAAGAAAUAUACAAAAGUACAUAGCAGUCAUCAGAACCAUGUGGGAGAAAAGGAGAAUAUCCGAAAUGAGUACAUAUACGACAAGCUUCCUAAGCAGGUUCCAGAGCCGACCGUCACGUACAAAGCACGAGAUUAUAUGUCAGAAAUGGCUAUUUUGUACGAAUUUUUAACUAGAGGAAUAGACGCAGAGGAUGUGGAGUAUUUGAGAAGAAGUUACCAGGCUUUCUUAGCGGACGAUAGUCACAGUUACUGGUUGAACGACACACAUUGGGUCGAUCAUCCGCCGACGGAUGUACCGAGUCCCGCGAAAAAGAGGAAACGAGACGAACUACGAUUGCACGCGAGUGGAAGUGCUAGAACGGAAGGAUAUUACAAAGUUGACAUCAGAGAGAAGGCUAAACAUAAACAUCAUUAUGCUCAAAGUAUACAGCGUAGCAAUGAUGUGGAGGACAGUGGUGGCUCUUAUAUUGGAGGUGAUGGUGUAAUGAAUGGUCCAAAGAAUAGUUCUAAAGCGUUGACCGGUAAGAUGCAAGCGUUGUCACGCGAAGCACGCAGUAAUCAACGUCGGUUGUUAACAGCUUUCGGAAUUGAUACGGACAGUGAUCUCCUUAAGUUUAAUCAAUUAAAGUUCCGUAAAAAACAAUUGAAAUUUGCUAAAUCUGGUAUUCACGAUUGGGGCUUAUUUGCCAUGGAACCAAUCGCGGCCGAUGAAAUGGUUAUUGAGUAUGUUGGACAAAUGGUUAGACCGGUUGUAGCCGAUCUACGGGAAGCCCAAUAUGAAGCUACUGGAAUCGGUAGUUCUUACCUCUUCCGCAUCGAUUUAGAUACAAUUAUCGAUGCGACAAAGUGCGGCAAUUUGGCGAGGUUCAUUAAUCACAGUUGCAAUCCGAAUUGUUACGCAAAAGUGAUCACGAUUGAAAGCCAAAAGAAGAUCGUAAUCUACAGUAAACAACCAAUAGGAGUUAACGAAGAAAUUACUUAUGAUUAUAAAUUUCCAUUGGAGGAUGAUAAAAUCCCUUGCCUUUGUGGAGCUCCUCAAUGCCGGGGUACCCUCAACUGAAUUGUUCAUUCUUUUUCGUGUCUUCUACACUUUAUCACACCCCGCUCAUAUUUUUGUAAAUAUUUCCCCAUGUAAACAUUUUAUAAAAAUGCAAUGGAAAAUGCUAAAUUAUGUUAAGAUGCGUUUUUCCUACUUUAUUACGAGACCCUUCUGAUCCAGCGUGCAAUUUCAACAAUUUGAGAUAAAUGUAUAAAUAAUUAUCACACUGUGUGUUAAAGUUAUUUUAUAAUUCAUUUUUGUAUUUACCAUCGACUGCUGAACAUAUUAAUCGACUGAUGCCAUGAAAAAAAUACAAUUAAAAUUGUACUCUUUUUUUCAGUGCAAUUAUUUGCAAUUAUAAACAAUGUAAAUAUUCUCUGUGUAUUAUAUACAAAGUGAUUUUCAAUUGUAUGUCAAUAGUUUCAAGAGUAAAUUUGUAAAAUGAAAAAGGA